UCGCCGUAAGCCAACACCGAUUAAAGAUGGCGCCCUCUCACGCGCUGAGGUGCUGUAAACGGGCUCUGAACUGGAUACCUGUGCUGUUUAUUAACCUGGUUGUCGGUUGGUCUUAUUACGCUUAUGUCGUGGAGCUCUGUGUCUAUACAAUCCCAAAUAAUGCAGAACGAAUCAGCUAUCUGGUAAUCUUUCACAUUUCACUCAUCAUGUUCAUAUGGUCCUACUGGAAAACGAUCUGGUUCAGACCAGCCAGCCCCUCAAAAAUGUUUGGUCUACCCAGAGCAGAGAAGGAACUGUUUGAGAGAGAAGAGCGAGCUGAGGUGCAGCAAGAGGUUCUGAAGAAAGUUGUGAGGAAUUUGCCUGUGUAUACACGCACCGCAGGAGGAGCUGUCCGAUACUGUGACCCCUGCCAGGUCAUUAAACCUGACCGCUGCCAUCACUGCUCAACCUGUGAAAUCUGUGUGCUGAAAAUGGACCAUCACUGCCCCUGGGUGAAUAACUGUGUUGGAUUCUCCAACUACAAGUUCUUUAUCCUGUUCUUGGGCUACGCCUCACUCUACUGUGCAGUCCUUUGUGCUACAGUCGUCCAAUAUUUCAUCAAAUUCUGGACUAACGAGCUGGCCGACACACCGGCCAAAUUCCACAUCUUGUUUCUGUUUUUCGUGGCGGCCCUGUUCUUUAUUAGCAUUCUGUCACUUCUCGGCUACCAUCUGUGGCUCGUAGGAAAGAACAGGACCACUAUAGAGGCCUUUAGGGCUCCUGUCUUCUCAAAUGGUCCAGAUAAAAAUGGAUUUUCUCUGGGCUUUAGCAGAAAUAUGGCUGAGGUGUUUGGAGAUCAAGCAAAGUACUGGUUUGUCCCUGUUUUCUCAAGUCUGGGAGAUGGACAGUCCUUUCUUACCAGAUUGAUACACGUAGAUCCUGAACAAACAAACAGUGUCCUGCAGCAGAAUGGGAAAAGCACCGCUGAAGGGGAGACCGACACUUCUGUGCUCAGUAACAGCAUACAACACACAGUGGACAACAGCAAAGGGAAAAUUGAUGGAGGCCAGACGGUCUCUGUGACAAUGGAGAGUGAGCCAUAGCAGGCACAUCAGUAACAUGCUAUUAUGGUGCCUUAAAGCAGGAGCAUCAGCACCCACACAGGAGCCAUCCUCCACCUUCCUUUUGAAUUUCACAGUGCAGCCUCGAGCCACGUGCUUUUGUUUGUACUUUAAAUGGACCAUCGUUCACCUAGCUAGCACCGCAGCAAUAUUAUUGUGUCAACAAAGACUGCACAGUUACCUCAUAGACUUCACCAGGUCAUAGAGAGGUUUUGUCUUUGUUUUGAGCCAAAGACAUUCAAAUAAUUGAAAGCAACAAACCAGCAAGGUACUUGCAAAGAGAUACUUUGAUGGUAUUAUAACACUGGAGCUUAUUGAGUGUGUUAGCUACGCAAUAGAAAUGUUCAUAUGUUUGUUACUCUCACAUCUGAAGAACUCUGAAGACUGCUCUUUUCCCCACUGUCUGUCUACACUGUCUGCUCACCUGUAUGGAUUAAUUACAUUAUACAUAUCAGCUAGAGAAUCAUCUGUCAGUAUUAACCAAGCACUAAUAACCAAGCUUCAGAUCUGGUUGUGAAUGUGGAGCAGUGGAAGCCACCAAACCUGGACAAAAUGGGGACACAUUUCAACACAGUCAAUAGUGUGCAUGCAGGAUGUUUGUUCUGUUUUUAAUUCCAGGCACAGUGCAAUUAUUAAGACCAGUAGGGUCAACUUUAGUCUACAACACUGAACAGAUUAAAAGAACCUUGUGUUUACUUUUUUUAUUUUCAUUUUUUUAUAUAAAUGUGAGGAUGAAAUCUUUUAACUACAGUUAAAGUUACAAUAAGUUUUUCAUUGUACUGUAAAUAUUUGUAAUUUAGUUGUGUUCAAGCUUUUAUAAAUUAAUUGUAAUUCUUUCAAUGUCUUGAUUUUAUCAUAAUGGCUUGUUUGUUUGUUUAUUUAUUUCUAAAGGUUUACAGUAGAUGGUCCUGUUGUCCUUAUAAGGUCACAGAAUGUUUUUAGACUUUUGCUACAGUACAUUUCUUUUUUUAAUGUUUCACUUUUAAUUUGAAUGAAUUUGAAGAAUUUAUGAUUAAACACGUCUUCCUUCCAUUUGAUUUUUCAGUGUGAUAAGAUGUAUUUGAAAGUUUGGAAAGCAAAGUACACAAAAUGUCACCACAGUGAAGACCAUUAAAAGAUAAUGUCGCAACACUCUGUCCUUGAGCCUAAACCAGAGAAGAUGAUAAGGUGGACUUUUAUAUACCAGUGGUGAAGAAGUGGCAUCAUAAAUGCCUCUCUCUGUACUCCCAGCUGCUGUUUGGUUAUAUUACACUCUUGGUGGCAAUGAUGCACAGUGUGAAGUAUGUCUGAGUAUCGGUACGUGAAAGUGUGUACAUGGUACUGGCUGAGUGGUAACCCAUGUCACUGUACUCAGUGGUUUAAAGACUAACAUUUUGACUGAACUUGUAGUUUAGACUUUUUUUAUUGAAAAUUAUUCAGGCAGGGCAAGUUUGACUGUUCUGUAACAAUAAAUGUAACAAAAGCUACAAGGUGUGAUUAUUUUAAACAGUGAUUGACUAAUUUGGAACGUUUUACAAAAAUUUGACAAAGAGAUGAGACU